ACUAGUUACGUUGCAACCGUUGAGGACAUCUGAGUGGACAAGCAAGGGACCCAAUGUAUAGAUGCAGACUGUUCCCUGUGCUUUAAAAUAUUGCGUCUCACGUAGAGGUGAAGUCAUUCACACAAAAGGGUUAUAUAUGAUACCUUCCAGAUAGUCCACUAUGCCAUCUCCCGAUUCAGACGAGGAUGAGGAGUUGGGAACGUAUCAGAGGAAACUACGAGAAAAAGCUAACCGCAGCAUCCAGCAACUUAGCAGUAUUUUGGACAGAAGUUCGUCAGAGGAGUCAGAGGGUGUAGAUAGGCAGGCAAACCCAGAUGCAGACGGCACUGUCGACGACGAUUCAUCCCAUCAAUUACAGGAGAGUGACGCAGUAUCUCAGCUGCGGUCGCUUCUGCAAAAACAACCAAGAGAAACAGUCAAUAUCACUCCAUCGAAAAGAAAAUCAACGCCCAAGAAGUCUCCUGAGAAGUUGAAAGGCGAGUUGCCAGCCAUGCAAGAUCUAGUGCCCAUCAUUCACAAUCAGUCCGAUUACAUUCGCCAUCUGGAAGCCGAGGUCAACUUCUGUAAGGAGGAGCUCUUGGGCAUGAAACAGCGAGUGCGGGUGGUGAUUGUUGAGAAUGAGAGGCUCCACGAGGAGGUCAAAUCGAAAGUGGUGGAGGAGAGCCUGAAGGAGCAGCCCAUCUCAGAUGGCACUAUACAUCCUCUGACCCUGUUGAGUAUUCCAGAGAGGACCAUGAAACCCAAACCCGUCCCCAGAACCCUUCACUCCGCGGAAGAGGACAAGUGGCGGAAAGAGCUGGAACAGCUGAAGGUUCUCUAUCAGGCUCAGCUGAAGACUCUGGAGGCGCAAGUGAUGUCACUGAAGAAGGACCUGGCGACCUCCCAGAGAGAGUGUGAGGAGGUCAAAGGUCGCCUGCGGCACCGCGAGACUAUGAUGGCUGCGUCGACGGGUCAGCCGCAGGUGGGGGGGCUCUGUCUGCGGUGUGCACAGCACGAAGCCGUCCUGGCGGAGACACACACCAACGUACACACUCAGGCCAUCGAGAGGGUCACCAAAGAGCGUGAUGAGCUGAUGACAGUGCUGUGUACCCUGCGAGCCAGCCAGGCUGAGGCCCAGCAGAGGGAGUGGAGCUCCUACCAGCAGGUGAAGCAGGCUGUGGCGAUGGCCGAGGAGGCCAACCUGGAGAAGACGCAGGCUGUGGUGCAGUGUGAGCAGGUGCGGAGCGAGCUGGCUCGUCAGAGGGAGCGUCUGGAGCAGGAGCUGGAGGCCCAGCAGCAGAGGAUCGCCCAGGCCAGAGACUCCGCACGACACCAGGCCAACAAGGAGAAGGAGGAGCUGGCCCAGACGGUGGGACGUCUGACUCAGAGGGUGGCUGAACUGGAAGGGCUGAUGGAGAGGGGUGACAGAGAGAGGAGCUCUCUGACUGGCCAGCUGGAGGAGGCCUACCGGAAACUGACCAAUCAGGAGGAGGACAACAGCAAGGUGUGCGGGGAGCUCCGGUACCUGCUGAGCCAGGCCCAGCUGAAGAGAGAGGAGGCUGAGAGAGAGCGGAGAGACUCCGGCGCCAAAAACGCCCGACAGCUCGAGCUCAGCCAACAGGAAGUGGAGAGGCUGGGCGUGGAGCUGGGUGAGCGCCGGCAGCGUCUGGAGGAGGCCCAGAGGGCGGGGAGCCGAGCCCAGGCGGAGGCAGUGGGUCUGGAGGAACGGCUGGGCCGCGCCGAGCACCAACUGCACCUCACCAGGCAGGAGAAGGAGGUGUUGGAGCGUUGCCGUGGCGAGGACGUGGCUGCGCUGACCUUCCAGUGGCAGCAUCGUGAGCUCCAGCUCACCCAGCAGCUCCAGCAAAUGGAGACGCAGCACGAGCACUCCGUUGGUGAGAUGGAUGCCCUGCUUAGCUCCCAGAACGGCCUCAUCGGCAGACUGAAGGAGGAGUGUCGAGGUCUCGGACAGAAGCUGGGGGAAGUCACAGAGAGCAGCAGGUUAGAGGUGGAGCAGCUGACGGUAGAGAGGGCUCACCUGCAGGAGAGUGUGGAGAAGCUGAAGGCUCGCUGUCACGACAUGGAGGACCAGUGUGUUCAACACGGCAGGAUGCACCAGCGCAUGAAGAAACGGCUGCAGCAGUUAGACCUGCACUGUCAGUCCAGUGGCCAGCAGGUGAUGGAGCUCCUGGGGAAACAGAACCAGCUGAUGCAGGAGAGACAGGAGCUGGCCGAGGAGAUGCAGAACCUGCGCAUAUACACACAGACCCCUGGUGCCGACCGACCCGCCUCAGCCUCCACGUGAAACAGUGACCUUCUGUGACCCUUUUUUUUUGCUUUUUACUUUUAUUUUAUCUGGUUAUUCUCAUUCAGUGGUGUUUCAGAAUAACAAUGCAAACAGUUACAUGUUAUAUUAACUAAGUGUGGUGUUUCAGAAUAAACAGUUUUAUGUUGUUAUUUUGUUAUUAGGGGUGUUUGAGAAUAACCAAACCGUUUUGUUUUCUAGUCAGUGCUGUGCUGUGACACUACUGAAUGAUUUAGCGAAAUACCACUGACUUUCACAAGCCUUUGGCUUCGUUCCCCAGCCUUAGCCGUCAGCUCAACCCCUGGAAUAAGACUGAAGACCCAAGUGUGUCUUUAAGCCGACUGAGCUCCAAGUUUCUCUAAACUGUCAUCUGGCCAGGUCCAGAGUAUAUUGUUUGUGUGUGUGUGUGUGUGUAAGGACUUGUGUGAGGCUAGUCAAACAGUUGCAGGUCCGAUGCUCAGGGUUAGAGGUUAGAGGCAGGGAGAGGUUCCUCUGUACCCAGCUCUUGAGGUUCGUCGCUGGGGCACGGCCUCUCCUGUAAGGAGGUCUCUGUGUGCGAGGCUGGUCCUCAACCACGCUCACACUUCAGACACUGGUAACAGGUCUGACGAACUCCCUCUGACCAGGCCUGUGCUACGCUCCGCUUCGAGUGGCACAGUGUUACCACCAUCAUGGUGUGACAGUCUUAGUUUCAUUAUAGCGCAAGAAUGCUUCUGGGAGAUACGGACCUGCACUCAACAGGAUCAGUUCUACACAUAUUUGUGGAGAAUAAAACAAGCAAUAUUUUUAAAACUUUUCAUAGAACCAUUUUUGUAAGUUUUGUAUAUUCUUCUUUAGUACUGUAGUGUAUAUUUAGAAAAUAUGAAUUGAAUUUUCAAUGUGUAAAAUAAAUGUACUUGCAGCUCUUUUUAGAAGUUUUACAAACACUGAUCAAGAGUCUAUGUUUUGGUCCCGUGUUUAAUGAACUCAAAUAAAACUUCCUCUAAUUUC